AUGCAAAUCAACCCGACCAACUGGGAAGAGCUUGCCUGCGAUCGUCCGGCAUGGAGGAGAACAAUGAAGACGGGCUCUGCUAUCCACGAAGCCAACCGCAUCGCCAACGCCCAAGCGAAACGCGAAGCUUGCAAAUCCCAACUGCGCCCAGUCAGCAACGCUGCCGCACAACUGCCUCCAACGUGUCCUCGAUGUAAGCAGACAUUCCGGGCUCGAAUCGGCCUUGUUGGACAUCUUCGGAUCAACUGUACCUCUCGAACUGCACCAAACUUCAUCCCCCCGCCCACGUCAUCCUCGUCCUCUCUGCCGCCGAAUAACUCUGUGAAUUCUUCUGCACCACCACUUCCAUCCCCCUCCUCCUCCUCCUCCUCUGCCUCCUCUGCCUCCUCCUCCUCCUCCUCCUCCUCCUCCUCCUCCUCCUCUUCCUCUUCCUCUUCCUCCUCCUCCUCCUCCUCCUCCAUAUCCUCAUCCUAA